AUGAUCAACAUCGCACUCAAGUCAACCUGGGACCUAAUCGAUCGGUAUUCGCAGCUCAAUCGGCUGCUGCGUAUCACUGCCUGGCUUAAGCGCUGUGUUUCUCGGUUCAGAAGCAAUCCACAUCCAUCAAAUCCGCAUGCACUUACGCCUGAGGAAAUUCACGAGUCGCUACUUUUCUGGAUCAAAGAAACUCAAAGCCGCUACUUCGCCAAUGAGUUGUACGCCGUCUCAAAGGGUACCCCACUCCCUCGCUCGAAUCCGUUAUCAAAACUGACUCCUAUUUUAGGUCAAGAUGGUAUUCUCCGAGUUGGUGGACGACUCAACCAUUCACUGCUAGAUCCAGAUGCUAAGCAUCCUGCCAUUCUACCUCGAGAGUGCUCAUUCUCUCGCCUCGUCAUCUCAGACGUGCAUCAUCGAACUCUUCAUGGCGGGGUGCAACUUAUGCUAGCCACGCUCCGCCGGCAAUAUUGGAUUCUGGGUGGUCGCUCUCCUAUCAGCUCGUUCGUUCGACGAUGCGUUCGCUGCUCUCGCUACCGUGCAGUCGCAGCACGAGAACUUAUGGGCCAGCUUCCUUCUUCUCGGGUUACACCGGCACGACCGUUCCUCAAUUCGGGUGUCGACUAUGCUGGGCCGUUCACGUUGCGCACAUGGCGUGGACGCUCCGCUCGUCAGUAUAAAGGUUAUCUCGUUGUAUUUGUCUGCUUUUCAUCUUCAGCAAUACACCUAGAGCUUGCCACAGACUACACCACUCAAGGCUUUCUCGCUGCGUACAAACGCUUCACCGGACGCCGAGGCUUGUGUCAAACGAUAACGAGCGAUUGCGGAACCAAUCUUGUUGGAGCCAAUGCCGAAUUGCGACGAAUGUUCUCCGCAGCCUCCAAGGAGCUAGCUGAUCUUGCACACGUUCUCGCUGCUGAUGGCACGGCUUGGAAAUUUAAUCCGCCUGGAGCGCCUCAUUUCGGCGGCAAGUGGGAGGCCGCGGUGAAGUCGACCAAGUUCCAUCUUCGUCGUAUCAUUGGAGACGCCGUUCUGACAUACGAGGAGUUCAACACGCUGCUAACACAAAUUGAGGCAGUACUCAAUUCCAGGCCUCUCUGUGCAUUAUCGGAAGAUCCUGACGACCUGGACGUGCUGACACCUGCGCACUUUCUCAUUGGGGCACCGCUGGCAGUAGUUCCUGAGCCAAUUUUAAUCGACGUUCCCGUCUCUCGACUCUCACGCUGGCAAUUGCUGCGCCAGUUCAUUGACCGAUUCUGGAAGAGAUGGUCGGCAGAGUAUCUUCACCAUCUCCAAACUCGUAACAAAUGGCACCAGCCCGAACGCAAUGUCAAAACGGGGGAUCUUGUUCUCGUCGUCGACGAGCGCACACCGCCAAGCAAGUGGCCUCUGGCAAGAGUCAUCGCCGUUCAUCCCGGCGCGGAUGGCCUUGUCCGGGUGGUUUCGGUGCGCACGUCGACGUCGACAUACAAACGCCCCAUCACCAAACUUUGUCCGCUUUACGUGUCAUAAAAUUACUCUCUAUUAUUUCGCUGUUCUUUGGGUUUGUCGUGUUCGGUCACACUUGCAAAUAGUCUCGUCGUAAUCGUAAUUCACGCGUGCGUUCAUUAUCCUCGCUGAUUAUAUCAUUAGUUCUUCGUCCAUUAUCAGCGGCGUCAUCGCCCCUGAAGCGGGCGGUAAUGUUCAGACUUUUAUCAAUAAUUACAACUGCGAUUUUCUUUAUCAUCUUAAUUUCUGCAUGUACAUAUUCCUUUCAUCGAUUCUAAGCCUCAAAAUAAGAACUUGUUAUGAAGCGAAUCGAAGACAAACACGCGUU